AUGUCUAAAGAAGAACUAAUGUUCUUAGUGUUACAACAUUUUCAGGAGGAAGGUUUAAUGGAAACAGCACAGACGUUUGGGCGUGAAACUGGGUUGUACUUCGACUGUAAGUAUCUUGAGGAAAUGGUACUUAAUGGCAAGUGGGAUGAGGCUGAGAAAUAUCUUUCUGGAUUCAUGAAACUUGAAGACAGUAAAUUCUCUAUCAAAAUAUACUUUGAAUUAAGAAAACAAAAAUACCUUGAGGCACUGGACAGCAAUGAUCGUGGCAAGGCUUUAGAAAUCCUCAUGAAGGAUCUGAAAGUCUUCAGCCUAGAGAAUGAAGAAGUUUUUAAAGACAUGACUCAACUUUUGACACUUAACAAUAUAAGGGAACAUAAAUCACUUUCAACUUAUCAAGAUGCAAUUUAUGGAAGAAAGAAUGUGAUGAAUGAAAUUAGGGAAAUCAUAGAGAAACAUCCUAUGCUAGAUGGAAAAUUGAAAUUCCCUGCCAUUCAAAGUCAGAGUUUAAAGCAUCUUCUAGUUGAAAGGUUCCACACUUUUCAUCAAAUUAGUGUUCCAGCUGCUCCAGAACAGGGCAUCUUUAUGAAUCAUGUUAAUGUCCAUCAUUCUAGACCAUCUACUUCUGCUUCAAUAAAUCAAGAUUUGAAUAAUGCUGGGGUUCCUAAUGAGAGUAUCUGCUCAAAAACUUUGGAGGACAUAAAAUCUGAGUUUAUUGAAAAAUCCGUCAAAGUAUCAAAGGGUAUAGUUCAUAUUUCCUCACCAUCUCAAUGUCAGAUGUUGCUACUCCCUAAACAUUCAGAAAGAGGCAAGAUUGCUAGACUCGCUUACACAUUUGCUGGAAAUGGCAUUAUUGCAUUGACAUCAAAUGGUGCUCAUCCACUUUGGGUUUGGCCAAAUGCUGGCAAUGAUUUGGCAUCAACACAAGUUUGUCCUCAAUUGUGGCAUCCAAAAAGUAAUUUGGAAUUUAUGAGGAAUGACCUUAAACAUGCCAAUGUUGAAGAUUUAGUUUCAUGUUUUGCUAUUUCAAAAAGGGAUACAUAUCUCAUUUCAACAUCAGGAGGGAUGACUACUUUGUUCAAUAUGGUCACAUUUAAGGGAAAUGCCACAGUCAUAUGCAGUAAUGUAUAG